AUCAUUUUCUCAACCUUCUCAUCGAAGGAACUUAUUCUGUCAUUAUCAGUCCUUCCGUACCCUUUCGUCUCCCUUGGCCAAAAAGUAAGCGAAACAAUGUGAGAAUGACAAGACAUUAUUAUUGAAAGGCUAUACUAUCCUUGUUCACCAUUUUCCUUUCAAAAUUCUAACCCUAUCACUUGUUGUUCAGCAAUGAAGUUCGGAUUUUCGUCUUCGGGCGAUACAGUUACCGGAAACUCGGCUAUAGCAAUGCCUAGUACAACUUGCACUUUUUUCACUUUUCCUCCAGAACCUUGCGAUUCUACUUCCUUGCCGGUUGCCGGACCCUCUGUUACAACGCCUUCGUGGCUGUUCGGAGGGAGUUUCGUUUCAACUGCUGCUUCUACUGAUACCGCUACUAUGCCUUGGUUUACGAAUGCCAGCUCAUCAACAGCCACGUCAUCGUCUUCGGUUUCGACAAUUACUACUGCUACAGUAACAGCCACGUCCACAUCAACCGUCUCUGCGACGGAAUUUGUAACUGUCCCUGAUAGUUGCCCCCCCGAGAAGGACGAGGUUGCUGCAAUUUUGGCAAGGCAACGUAAGAAGUUUUUGUCCUGCCAAGCUGCUAGGCCAGCUCAAGGCAGAGGGGAAAAUGAAAGGCACGCUUGGGUCUUUGGAGCCACGGGGUUUGAAAGUACAAGCUCAAACAAGCCCGUCGGUGAUGCUGCUCAUAUACCUGCUGCUAUUGCUGAACAGAAGUAUGGAGAGUCCAAGCCCUGCAGUGUUCCCAGCUCGCAGCCUGCUGGGGAGGAGGAGCCUUACCUUCCACCUGUCGAUCUUCCGGACUCAACAAUCGAUAUGUGGGUACAGGUUGUCGCGAAUAAGAAGACAGAUCAAGAGGUCACUGAAGAGGGGCUUAGUCACUUUUACGAUGGCAUCAACUAUUUCUGUCUUCUGUCUGAACGCCUUCAAGUAGUCACUGACAAGUAUAACGAGGUGGUAAAAGCCUGUAGGAAGCUCGAGGACUCUGAAAGGGAGAGGCUUGAACAUGAGUUGCAUGGGGCUGCAAACACAAUAACCACUCUCACUGAUGAGAAGGAAUCCCUUUUGCAGGUCCAGAUGAUCCUUCACCAGAAGAUUUUCGAGCUUACAAAGGAAUUGAAGGAGGCCGGUCCUGCUGCUAUCCAGAAAUACAAGGCCUCCUCUUUGUACAGAGAGGAACUCAUGGAGUAUGCUGCUCCUUACAUGGGAAAAGGGGUGAAGCUGGCCGUAGAGAAGAUCAAGGCUAAAGACCCCACGUUUGACCCGAAGAUCUACGGCCUGGAGAUGUACAUUCUUCCUCCUGAAGCUGAUUACGACAAAUUCUCAUCAAACAAGGAAGGUGAUGGUGGUGUUGAUCAGGAUCAGAAUGAGGUGAAGCCAAGUGCUGCAGCUUGAACAUUUGGUGGAAGGAGCAAGUUUAUGAGAUUUUGUUCAUAGAUGUGUCGUUGACGUAACUGCCGAAGAUGGUAAUGAUCCCCCGAGCUUAGCAUGAAGCUCUUUUUGUUUUACCUAUGCUUAGCCAAUGCUACUUUUUUGGCUACUCUGUCUCUGUAACUAGUAUGUUUUGCUGCUGCAUGGAAAUUUAUGGAGGUGUUAUUAUGGAGGUGUUAAUAGAGUAUGUAAUGAAUGUGCUAAGAUCAUGUCUCUGCAGUAUAUGAGAUGUUACUUUUGUCUGUGCAA